AUGAGUAAUGUCAUUAUGGUAGAUCCUCAACAAAGCCACUAUCAGAACCAACAACAACAGCAACAACAACAGCAACUGCAACAGCAGCAACAACAAUCAGAACAAGGGCAACAACAGCCGCUACCUCCACAUCUUAAUAGCCAACAGUAUCACCAUCAGCAACAACAACAACAACAACAACAACAACAACAGAAUCAUUUCAUUGGCCACAGUACGCACUCAUCCGACAUGUCACAACAAAGUACCACAUUUACCCCACACCAAACAUUUUCCACAAACAACAACAACAACAACAAUAGCAGUACAAGUAGUAGUAAUGGUGGUACUGGUACUAGUACUAGUGCUAGUGCGUCAAAGAGUAAAAGAGACGGCACUAGACCCUACAAAUGUCCACAUUGUGACAAGGCCUUCCACAGACUAGAGCACCAGACUAGACACAUUAGAACACAUACCGGUGAGAAACCACACGUUUGCAAAUUUCCAGGAUGCUCGAAAAAAUUUAGCAGGUCAGACGAGUUAACAAGACACGUUAGAAUACACACCAACCCAAACUCAAGAAAAAAUAAAAAGAGUGAAAAGGUCAAGAAUGAAAUAGUAUUCACUUCAAACCCAACAAAGGAAGCAAUGGUACUGAAACAGGAUAUGGAUGCAGAUGUAGAUAUGGAUAUUGACAAAGAGGGUCAAUCUCAAUCUCAAACGAAAACAAAACCAAAAACUAAAAACCAAAAUCAAAACCAAAAGUCAAAAUCCACAUUGUUAAACAAUGGAAACUCGGCAUCUUCGCCUCCUUCAUCACCAGUCACAUCAACUAUUUAUGCAAAGCAAGAUAGCACAAUACCCCAACAACAACAACAACAACAACAACAACAACAACAGCAACAACAACAAGUUUCACAGCCGCUUACGCCAAAUGCAACACCCACCUUGAAACCAAAGGCCAGGAAGGCUGAUGACUCAUCCUCACCACUGUAUGCUGACAACACCACUACUCCAACCACCACAACUUCUAAUACCAAUACCACUUACUUUAAUCCUAUUAAUACUGUUGCCAAUAAUACCAAUACUACAAGUGGUACUACCACCACUACAAAAUCUUCUCCCGGUGGAACUGGAAUUGCAACUAGAAAUAUCCAGGAUAGCAUCACAAUGGCAAAGCACCCUUCAAGCAUAGACAUACUAGCACUCACAGCAACACAGGAGUUGGAAAGCAUGGAAAUCUCAAAAUCACUCCCAUCACUCACUGAUCAUUUCAACCCACAACAACGUCCUUUGAAACUUCCAACUUCAGUCUUGCAAUCCAACGCUAGCCCUUCUGCUAGUGCUAAUGGUGCAGGAGGUGACUCGCAUUUCCGCGCACCUCCAAAAUUCAGCUUCCACCUGAAUAAUGAUACAAUCUCAAACUCGACAGCUGCAGCUGGAGGAGGAGGAGGAACAACAUCAUCAACGACAACAACGACAAGUCCUAUUAUUGGUUCAAUACCUACCUUGCAUUCAGCUGAUACACUCAACUUGCAACACUUGUCCAACGUUGCUAGUCGGUUCUCCACUGCAACCAACUCAAAUUCAAACUCGUUCCCUAGAAUGACACCUCUACUGGAUAUCACACAACCAAUGCAACCAAUACAACCAAUACAACCACAACCACGAAAGACCCACAUUACACAAGAAUCAGACAUUGAUUAUAUAAAACAAAAACUAAAAAAGUCAAGACCAAAUAGUCCGAAAUUACCGCAAUUCCCUGGUUUUAAUAGAACUACUAGCUAUAAUGGAAAUUCCAGCUUUCACUAUUCCCACUACAGCAACAGCAAUAACAACAACAAUAAUAAUAAUAACAAUAAUCUUCACAAUGUGCUGCUGCAUCAAACAUUGCCCAACUCACCAAUAUUGGGUCUCUCAACUAAUUCAACACCGCUCAUAUCGGCGAGUAACAGUUGCACUAACUUGGCAAUGUUGGCAAUGACACCAGCAGUUGUAGGCAAUAGCAAUGGCAAUGGCAGUGGUGGUACUAAUGGUGUUGGUGGUGGUGUUGGUGCUCAUACUCUAACUUCUGCCACCAAUGCAACUUCUCAUUUACCAACAACCAUAUCAGGAUCAACGGGUGCAUUUGGUAUCAAGGGUAAUGCAAUAACUACACCUUUGCACUCAAACAUGGCAUCACCAAAACUUUCACCCGCAGCUAAUGAACCAUUACCAAGUUUCAAAAGUCUCAACUUGCCAAUGAGUGAAUGA